AUGGGUCGAGCGGAGAAAUCGCAGGGCCUGGCGCCGCCGGCUGUGCGCAAGGAGAUGCGUGCAAAGCAGGCGCGACAUGUGGUGAAUAAGGUUGUGCCUGCGUUGCUGGCGUCGAAUGCGAGAGCGCGAAGGGGUGUCGAGGGGAGCGAGUUGAUUGUGGAUCCUGGGCCGGGCAUCGGCGCAGCAGGUGGAGUGGCGGGGAAGAAUAAGAGUAAGAGUAAGGAGGGCGGUGGAGACGACGUGGGAUAUGUGAAGAGGAAGGGGCAGGGGAGAAGGAAAGUCAAGGAGGGUGAGGGGGGCGAGGAAGAGGACGGUAUAGCUAUGGGUGAUGGUGAAAGAGAAGGCAAAGGGCGUGGAAAAGCGAGCAAAGCGAAGAAAAGGAACGAUUCUCUCGACGCCGGGUUGCUAGGUCAGGAUCUGAACAUCACAGCUCCAGCGCCAUUGCAAUCGCCAAAGAAAGAGAGGUGCAUCCGUAUUAUCACUACGGAUACGCUGACAGCCGCUCACAUGCUCUCGCACACCACACCACCACCCUCGGCAAAACCCAGCAGCAACCGCAAACAACAACAGCAGAAUACCUGCAUCCUCAACAUGGCGUCUCCACUGCGCCCCGGCGGCGGCGUCUUCGCAGGCGCAACAUCUCAAGAAGAAUUUCUCUGUGCGCGCACCACACUACUACCCUCCCUCAAAGAAGAAUACUACCGACUCCCCGAGCACGGCGCCAUCUUCACACGCGACGUCCUCGUCUUCCGCAACGCCCUCUCGCUCGGCGAUUCGCAGGGCGAAUUACCGCACGCAGACCGGUGGUACGUCGACGUCAUCAGCGCGGGGAUGCUGCGUUUCCCCGAGCUAGAAGGCGACGAGGAUGCAGGCGAAAAGCGGCUUUGCAAAAAAGACCGUGAGAUGGUCGAGCGCAAAAUCAGAGCUGUGCUUCGCAUCGCCGAGCACAAAGGAGCUCGGAAAUUGGUUCUCGGGGCCUGGGGCUGCGGCGCGUAUGGAAACCCCGUUCGCGAUGUGGCAGAGGCGUUUCGCAGGGUACUUGAUGGCACGACGGCGGCGGCUGCGGCUGCGAGUCGGAAGAGUAAAGGCGUGGUGCUGGAGACGUGGGCUGGGCUUGAGCAUGUGGUGUUUGCGAUUGCGAAUCCGAAGAUGGCGAGGGAGUUUGCGCAGGCGUUUGGUGGCGGGAUUCAGGUUGAGGAUGGGCCUGGUGGUGCUGGGGAUGAGGAAGAAGAUGAAGAAGAAGAGGAUACGGUGGCGGAGGAGCUCAGGGCGAAGAUUCAAGAGAUGGAGGGCCAGAUUAGUAAGGUUUGGAAUCCGGAUCUGAAGGAGAGGUUGGCGGUGGUUCUGGAUGGGUUGAAGGCGCAGUUGAGGGGGAGAGAGGGCACGCUUGGGGUGAGUGAUGGUGAAGAUGGAGAUGGAGAGGAGGGUGAGCAAGACGAAGACGAAGAUGAGGAUGAAGAAGAUGGGACUGAGGAGCCCGACCAUACUUCCAUCGACGCCCUCGAUAGCGAUGAAGACGAAGACGCUUGUUCAGCCGCGGAAAGUGAUGCACAACCGUCUAAGCUUCCAUCUCGCGCCUAG